UAUAUAUAUAUAUUAUUUUUACAUUUUCGUAUUUAACAUUUUAAUAUAUAAUAUAUAUUUAAAUAAAUAUUGUUAGUUAUAAAAAUAAAAAAAAUUUGUCAAUUUUUAAGUAGCAUAUUAAUAAUUACGAAAAAUUUAUUUUGUAAAACGUAAAUAUCAAUGAAGUUAUUGUUAUGAUAAUAAUAACAAUAAAAGUUCAAAAAAUUCUGAUAUACCGCUUUAUUAUAAAUCGUAAGAAUAGCAACGGCUUUCAAGAUAACUGUCAAAGAAUUACGUUAUAAAUUAUACAAUUCAAAUAGCAUGUUCUUUCUAACCUUGUGUAAAAUAAUGGUUAGUACGUAAAACAUCAUACAUUUUCAAAUUUUAUACAUCAAUUUAUAUUUGAUAUACUGCUAAUAAUUUUUCGUUAUAUUCAUAAAACAUUUGAUAAGAUUAUUUUAUUUCGAUAAGAUAACAGUAUUAUAAUAUCAAAUGGUACAAAUCGAGUGACAUUCGUGUCACAAACACAUAUAUUGUAUAUUAUAUAUUAAUAAAAAACAAACAUCAAUAUGGCCCAAAGAAGUGGUGUAAUUAAAUUAGCUAAACUACGAGAAUUAAUGAAAGCUGUUCAAAUAGGUGGACUUAAAGAGAAAGGUAUUCAAGCUUUAAUUGUAAGUUCAGAUGAUGCUCAUCAAUCAGAAUAUUUAAGAGAGCAUGAUAAAAGAAUUUGUUUCAUAAGUGGUUUCACUGGUUCUUUUGGUACUGCAAUUAUUACACAAAACAAAGCUCUACUUUGGACUGAUGGAAGAUACUAUAUGCAAGCUUUAGCUGAAUUUGAUCCGUCAGAGGAAUGGACUUUAAUGAAAGAAGGUUUAUUGGACACUCCAACUAGAGCUGCUUGGUUGACUUGUAAUUUACCUCCUAAAUCUACUGUUGGUGCAGAUUCUAAUUUAAUAAGUUACACAGAAUGGGUAGUUUUACAUACUAGUUUAAGUGCUGCUGGUCAUUGUUUGAUGCCUCUUGAGGAGAAUCUUAUUGAUAAAGUUUGGGGUGAUGAACAACCUGCUCCUACAGCUAAUAUUAUUGUACCUCAAUCAUUACAAUUUUCUGGGUGUAUAGCAGGGAAAAAAGUGAAAUUAUGUAGGGAAGUAAUGAACAAAAAUAAAGUAAAAGCACUUGUAAUCACAGCUCUAGAUGAAGUAGCAUACAUUUUAAAUUUAAGAGGGUCUGAUAUACCUUAUAAUCCUAUCUUCUUUGCAUAUAUCAUUCUUACAUUAGAUGAUUUACACUUAUUCAUUGAUAAAAGUAAGCUUACUAAAGAAGCUCAGCAACAAUUGAUUAUUGAAGAAGUAAAUUUAAUUUAUCAUCCAUAUGAAGAUAUACAUAAUUGUUUAAAGAAAAUUGCGAAUUCGUGCAUAAAUGAUGAUAAAAUAUGGCUAAGUAAUAGUUCUAGUUAUGCUUUACAUGCUGAUUGUGGAGAAGCAAAGAAACAUAUAAAAAUUACUCCAAUAAGCGUCAUGAAGGCAGUAAAAAAUAAUACUGAAAUAGCGGGAAUGAAAGCGGCACAUAUACGAGAUUCAGUUGCACUUGUAAAAUAUUUCGCUUGGUUAGAAGAUCAAAUUAAAAAUAAAAAGAAUACUGUCACAGAAAUAUCUGGAGCAACUCAACUUGAAAAAUUUAGACAGGAACAAGAAUACUUUAUUGGACUCAGCUUUCCUACAAUAUCUUCUGUUGGACCACAUGCAGCAAUAAUUCAUUAUCUACCAACAUUGAAAACAGAUGUACCAAUUACAGAUAAAGAAAUUUAUCUUUGUGAUUCUGGAGCACAAUAUAAAGAUGGUACCACAGAUGUUACAAGAACAUUACACUUUGGUAAUCCAACAAAUUUUGAGCGCGAAUGUUUCACGAGAGUAUUUAAGGGACAAUGUCGUCUUUCGUCGACAAUUUUUCCUUUAAUGAUACAAGGAAAUUAUCUUGAUACGCUUGCUCGGGAAAAUUUAUGGAAUGUUGGUCUCAAUUAUCUUCAUGGUACAGGACAUGGAAUAGGUUCAUAUCUAAAUGUUCAUGAAGGACCAAUCAGUAUUUCUUGGAGACCAUAUCCUGAUGAUCCAGGUUUACAACCUGGCAUGUUUCUUUCAAAUGAACCAGGAUAUUAUGAAGAUGAAAAAUUUGGCAUUAGAUUGGAAAAUAUAGAAUUGAUAGUAAAGGCAAACACACAUUAUAAUCAUAAGAAUCGUGGCUUUCUUACUUUUGAAACAGUUACAUUAGUGCCUAUUCAAACUAAACUACUUGGUUCCUUAUUAACGGAUGUUGAGAUUCAAUAUUUGAAUAAUUAUCAUGCAAAAUGUUUGAAUACUAUAAAACCUCUAUUGCAAGGACCAGAAAAUAUUCAAGCUCUUGAAUGGUUAGAAAGAGAAACGCGACCUCUCACAAAAUAAUUGCUAAUUCAAGAAUAAAUUCCAUAAAUUACAUUUCUUAUCAUUUACAAUUACAAUACACAAUAAAUUUUGUAUGAUUAUUUUGAUCAUAACUAAUCCCAUUUUCUUUAAUAAUAAUUUUAAAAUCUUUUAUUUUUUUAAAUUAUUUGCUUUGUGUUAUAAAAAUCAAUAAAAAAUUUUAUGAAUAAUCACCAAAACAACCAAGGAGGUUGAUGUAAUUUAUCUAAAGAAGUAUAAGUUAAAUUCACUGGGAUAUUGAUUAAGGCAAAUGGUUGAUUCAAACGUUUUAAAGUCUGUCGGAUCAUUUUGCCGUUCUUACCGAGCAAAAAUCCAGCGGGAAUGUUUACUGUCUUUGAUGACGGAAUAGUAUCAUCGCGUAUCAUCUCUAUGUAAUAAUAAUCAGCCCAUAAAGAAUUAGUUAUUGAUUCUUCCAUAGAAGAUGAAUGAUAAUCUGCUAUGAUUACAGCCUUUGCUCCAGCUUCUUCUGCCAUUAUGCUUUUAGCAAAGAAACUACAAUCUCCUCUCUCAACUAACGCAAUUCUACCUUUUAAUUCUUUUGCAUUUCUUACUAUUUGACAGCCAUGAGGAGGAUCAGUUGGAACUAAAGGAAUUUUUUCUUCUAGAAAACUUGCAUUCUAAAAAUAUAAACAAUAAAUCAAAUUAAAAUUAAAUUUUUAUUUAUAAUAAUUAUACUAUUAUCAUAUACGUACGAAUGGUGCUCCAAAAUCUUUCGCGGGCCUUAACUUAUAUGUAUACUCCAAUUCCGGGGGAUAUAUAAUUUCAAAAAAUACAUCUGAACCAAUACUUGUAUCGAUAUAAGAACCUAUCGAUUUAUAUG